AUGCGAAGAAGUAGCAGUAACAAAAUAGGGAUAUUUAAGUAAUAAUAAUUUGAAGAUAGAGAUAAUUAAUUUCUCUAUCCAAAUUCUAAAGAUAUAACAUGGAUCGCAAGUUUAGAUGAAUUAGUUUAAAAACAUAUCAAAUACGAAAUUACUUUAAAAGUAGUAACCAUUAAGUUCUACUUAAUUAAUAGUAACUAUUGUCUCUUGUAUAUUGUUGUAAGAUUGGUAGUCAUGUUGUAUUCCGUAAUGCUGUUUAAAAAGAAAUAUAAUAGUCGUAUGACAGUUUCAAUAGCAGACAAAAUUAAUAUAAAAAGUAUUGCAAGUGUAAUUGUUUUUUUCGUUUUAGAUUUUACUAGUAUACGUUUAUAGAUUAAGAUUAAUUGGAAAUGAUUUUCCUAUCUGAUUGUCACAAUUAUUGCUAGGAACCUUUGGAACAUUUUGUUUCUAGGUAAUGGCGUAAAAUUAUUAAAUGUAUUGUGAGUAUUCGUAUUUUGUAUGUCUUGUCUGUCAAUAUAUCUUGACUGAAAAUAUAAUUUGUAUAUAACGUUUGUUAUAUAUUAUGGGAGCAAUAUUUUCUUUAAAUAUACUAAUCAAAGUACACGGAAAAUCAUCUUCCGUUCGCUCAAAUAUUGCCGAUUAUUGGUUAAGAUUAAAAAUUAACAGUCAUUCUGUACUAUUACGAUAGCGACUGACAAAAAUGAAAUUGAAUGAGCUUGUUUAUUGGUAAGAGAUUUAUGUUCUUAUUAUACUUUCGUCAAAGUUGUAAAUUUAAGACAAUAUAUGUUUUAGGUAUCAGAAAAAAAUUGGUACUUAUGAUAAGCAACAAUGGGAAAAAACUGUGGAACAACAUAUUCUUGGAGGAUUUACGCAUGUUCCAAUGAGAACUGCAAAACUAAAAACAGAAUUUAUUGAUGUAGAUCUUGUACGAGGUUCUUCCUUCCCAAAGGCUAAACCAAAGCAUGGAUUGUCAACAGUAGCUUGUUUGGCACUUCAGCGUUUAUUAUUUUUUCCUUUAUAUAGAAAAUGGUGGAUACAGCAGACUAGUUUAACAAUUUUUGCUUUAUUUUUAUUAUUAUAUAGUUUGCAAUUAAUCAAUAUGUGUAUAUGUUUUUGUCAAAUGGCGAAGGACAAUGAAAGACCAACAAUAGGUGAUGGACAGAAUAAGCAAAAAAUGGUUAGACGUUUAAGACAUACGAGAUGUCGAAUAGGUAAAUCAAGGACAAGACAAAACUUGCGAUUGCGUGAAGAUUCUAAAUCAUCUCAAGAUACAGCAUCUGAAAAAGCUAGUACAAUAAGUGAUGAAGUAUUAACAUCUGUGCGAUUUGCUAAAAAAGUUGUAAUUGAAAAUUCUUUGACCGUUAGUCGAUCGCAGAUGAAGUUUCAGAUCAAAAUAUGAAAAAUGUACAUCAAGAUGAUGAUGGAUUUGAAAGCUUGAAUGGAAAUGUAUCUAGUGAUAAUGAUAAAAGCGCUGCACGGACGCCAGUAGAAAAACUUAAACACAAAAGAGAGUUACUUAAAAAUAAUGAGGAACGUAUUCUUUGGUUAGAAGAUUCUACUAGUCAACAAGUUUUACAACCAAAAUUUUCAGGAUAAAGAUCAUUGUCUAGUAUCAUCAAGAGAUGGACGACAACAAUGUGAAAGUGAAGAAGAAGGAGAAUGUGAAGAAACAAUUACAAAUCAUUUAACGGAAGCUACAACAUCUGCUACAGAAUGGAUGGGAGUAACAACAAAUAGCGAUGAAUGCAAACUUGAAGAAUCUGAUCUACGUAAUGAAACUAACAAAAAUUAUGGGGAAUUUGUUGAACAUCCUUUUUCUUGGGAAUUUGAAUUACCACCCUCCAUAAUGCUUAGUUCUAAUUGUGCUUCAUACGAUCGCGUUUCUUGUACUAUAUGGACACGACGUGAUAUAAAAAAAGCUGAACUAUCGGUGUUGGAUAUCAGUUCGGCUAUUAUUGCUAGAGUAGAAUCAAUGCCUGAAAGUAUGAAUUAUUUUUAUGGAGGCUUAAUGCUUAGUGUGGUAUUAGCUUUAAUACCAUCUAUUAAACGAUUGAGUGAUCAUGUCGGAAUGGACAAUAGUAGUAAUGUAACAAGUUCCUUAAUACCAAAUGACUUGACUUAUGUCAAUUUAGAGACAUAUAGUGAUAUUUUAUCUAAACAGUUGCAGAACGUACUUAUAAACAAAGACUCUUAUAUGCAAAAUUAUUUUCGCACUUGACAUCAUCAAGACGUGCCAGAAAAUCUGACUUACCUCAUUUCCGGCUAAAUAAAGUACGCAAUAUAAAAUUAUGGUUAAGCGUUAGAUCUUAUUUGAAGGACCUUGAAAGUUUACAUUCCCGAUAUAACGUUGAAGCACUGUUCUGGAGUUUUUCUCUCGGAAUAUUUAUAUUACGUUUUAUGACAUUGGGUACAAAAAUUAAUAAAAAAUACAGAAACCUUUCUGUGUUAAUAACUGAACAAGAACUUGAAUGUCCAUUUAAAAUAUCUGGUUUGUCAGCUAAUCCCUAUUUAUACACAAUUACAAAAGUGGUACUGUUAUCUGCUCUCUCGGGUGUUCUUUCAGAAUUACUUGGAUUUAAACUUAAGUUACAUAAGAUAAAAAUCAAAUAACAGGAGGGAUGUUAUAUUAAAUAUUUAUUUCCAUAUGACUACUACCUCAUGAUGAUAAAUCAUUAGCGAAAAUAAUAAUUUUUUUAUUGAUACUCUAGAGUAUUGUUUUGAGCGAACAUUAGAAGAAAAUAUUUUAUUUUUUAAUUUCCUAGUUAUAGAUAUAUACAUAUAUGUAUACACAUAUCGGGGUAUAUGUAUACCAUUGUUAUUUCAUGAAAUUGUUAGGAAUAUUAUGUUUUAUAGCAAAAAAUUAAAUCACUAAAUUAUUUUAAUUUAUUAGAGUAAAAGAUAAUAAAAAUUUUGCUUAUAAUUUAGUAAACUAUUGAAAUAUUGAAAAUAUCAAUAUUAAAUUUAUUUCUUUUAAAACAGCUUUUUAUGUGUUAAUUUACAUGUGUUAAACUUAUUAUGGUAAUAGUAAGACUUAGACAUAAUUGUUUGUUGAUAACAUUUAACAAACAGUUAAAUAUAUAUUUAUUAAUGCUUUGUAUAUAUAGAAUAUUUAA